AUGCAUGAGCAUCAGCAACCUGUGAGAAACUUGACCGUGGCGCAAGCAGCACGCAUUAAACACAUCCUGACCCAUUACAUUACAAACAACACCAGCGUGAACGAAAAUAACCGGACCAUCAAUAGUUUAGUGGCGCCCGCAUUACGUCUGGCGUUCCACGACUGUGUCGGCGUAAAAUGUGACGGCUGUAUCAAUCUGAAUAACGCAGGUAACGCCGGUUUGGAGACGGUUAUUAACCGCCUUGAUGAACUCUAUGCCCAACACAACCUUUCGACAGUUAUCUCUCGCGCAGAUUUUUGGGUUUUGGCUAGUAUCGCGGGGGUCGAAGUGGCAGCCAGAAAAAGCAAACUCUGCAGCCCCGCCCCGUGCACUCAACCGAACAUUCAGUUUCGCUGGGGACGUAAAGAUUGUGCGACUGCGCCGGCUACGAAUGACACCCACCAGUUUCCAGACGCACACGGAGAUCUAAAUCACGUUUUGACGUUUUUCGGAGAUAGCUUUAACAUGACGACGCGUGACGUCGUGGCUUGUUUGGGAGCACAUACAUUGGGGAAAGCUAAGAGAAGCAACUCGGGUUUCGAGGGAUUGUGGGUUCCGCAGGAAGACGAAUUUGACAAUCAUUACUACACGGCAAUGGUAAAUCUUGCUUUUUCCCAGCGUAACGUCGACCUUCCCGGAACCAACAGCACUGGACAUUGGCAAUGGAAUAACCCAAACAGGGAUUUCAUGAUGUUUAACGCCGACAUGUGUUUGCUCCGUAACAUUACCCCAGAAGCCAACGGGCAGGUUCUCAGUUGCGCAGCCAACGCUAAUGCAUGUGGUCGGGCCUCCACGGCAGACAUUGUUGAAGAGUACGCUAUGUCGAACGAGCGCUGGGUUAGAGAUUUUGAAAAAUGUUUUCAGAAAAUGAUAUCCCACGGAUACGAAAAUGGAACAGCAGACGAACUCAAGGAGCUCGUGGCUGACGACAGCGAGAACACAACGCCAUCUACUACUACUAAAAGCUCAACAAGUAGUGGCAGUCUCAUCUCUGAAAUGUGUUAUAAAUGUUUGUGUUUCUUGUUCUUCAUUGCAUACUGCUUGGUUCCCCAUCACUGA